CAAUAGGAUGCAAGAAUUGUCAGUUGUCAACAACUGGUCGGGCGAGGAGUCAAAGUGUCAUUUGUCCUGGUACAUUACUAAAUAAGAUUUUUGUUUCUGAACAAAUAUUGGUGGGUCUUUUUGUUAGUGAAACGAGUCUGCGUUAGACAAACCAGUCUAUUGAAGUGAGUUAGCACGUACAAUUAUGAGAAGUUGGCUAGUUCCCUGUUAGCGACUACGUAGCUGGUGUUGUGAGGACGGGCUGUAGACAAGCAGCCAGACACUUUGGUGGCGUGACCAGCCAUUAAAACUACACGUCUGAUCCAAACGUGUGCAAAUAUCUUGCUUCUGGGACGUAAGGACCUCCUCCCAAUACCCUGCUAUGGAUCCUUUUGACUAUAACAGUACAGAGCGAGCCAGCCUACCAAGGAACAUGAUUGAGAACAGCAUGUUUGAAGAAGAGCCCGACGUUGUGGAUCUGGCCAGAGACUCUGCAGCAUAUCCGGUACACUCAAGUCAUUUUACUACCUUUCCAGCCCUAGAUCCAGAUGAUACUGUGUAUGAGCCUCGCAGUUCCCGGCUACUGGUGCGAGGUCUGGGGGAGAACGAUGUGGAUGAUGAUGAAGAGGACUGCGAGUCUUCAGCCCGACUUCUGGGCAUGUCAUUCAUGAACCGCAGUGCUACCCAGAGAUCUAACGUCUCUCCUUAUGUUCGACAACCUCCACCUAGGUCGUGUUCGCCAUGCUCAGCCCGCACCUUGGUUGUUUGUGUGCUAUUUUUGGUCAUAGUGGCUUCCAUGAUCAUGGUAUUGUACUUUUUGCCUGGGUGCAACUUUACAAAGAUGGGAUGCCCCAAACAAGAGAACAGGACAUCUAACAGCACUGAAGAUGAGCUCUUCCCAUGGGCACAAUUCCAACUCCCUCGUAGCAUCCGUCCUCUCAGCUAUGAUCUCACCUUGAACCCUGAUUUGAGCACCAUGGAUUUCAGUGGCCACACUGUCAUCAACAUGUUGGUACUUCACAACACCAAGCGCAUUGUUCUGCACAGCGCUUAUCUCAAUAUUACCAAAGCUACAUUCAAGCUUGGUGAUGGGGAGGCAAGUGAUGUCACCAUACUUGAGAACAAACCAAGGGAGCAGAUAGCUGUUAAAUUCUCCGAAGAGCUGAAGGCAGGCCAGCACUGUGUGUUGAUCUUGGAUUACACUGCUAGUCUGUCACACACCUAUGAUGGUUUCUACAAUAGUUCCUACACAGAUCUCGAUGGAAACAAAAGGGUCCUAGCUGCCACCCAGUUUGAGCCAUUAUAUGCAAGAAAGGCCUUCCCCUGCUUUGAUGAGCCAUCAUUUAAAGCCACCUUUCUGAUUAAAAUCAACAGGAAACCUGAGCACAUGACACUCUCCAACAUGCCUAAGGCAAAGAGCACGCCCCUUGCCAAUGGCCUCGUGCAGGAUGAGUUUGCAAAGACCAGUGUCAACAUGAGCACUUACUUGGUGGCAUUCGUCGUCGGUAACUUCACCGCCGUCAGCAAAAACGUCUCUGACACUUUGUUGUCCGUGUACAGCGUACCACAGAAGAAAGAGCAUACUGACUAUGCGCUGGACACAGCAUCCAAACUGCUGGAAUUUUACAAUGACUUCUUUGAAAUUAACUAUCCGCUUCAGAAACUUGACUUGGUCGGCAUUCCAGACUUCUUGGCGGGAGCCAUGGAGAACUGGGGUCUGAUCACCUUCAGAGAAAGCACCCUAUUGGUGGGAAGGGACGCUUCUCUUAUGGAAAAACAGGAUGUUGCCUCCGUCAUUGCUCAUGAGCUGGCUCAUCAGUGGUUUGGUAACUUAGUCACAAUGAGCUGGUGGAGUGACCUGUGGCUCAACGAAGGCUUUGCCUCUUAUAUGCAGUUCACGUCACUGCAGAUAGUCAUGCCGCAGCUUGACAUGGGCAGCUUGUUCUUAAAUGUUCGAUUCAGAGCAUUGGACAUAGAUGGACUGAACUCCUCUCACGCGGUGUCUACCGAAGUCAAUACACAGGAGCAGGUGCACGAGAUGUUCGACUCUGUGUCCUAUCUGAAGGGGGCUUCCAUUCUUUUGAUGUUGAACGCCUCUUUGCCUGGUGACCAGCAGUUCAGAAAAGGUAUCAUUCAGUAUCUGAAACAGUUCUCCGGUUUAAACACUGACACUGACGAUCUGUGGAACAGUCUGACUGAGGUAGAGGUCUCAAGUCAGCAUCCAAAUGUGUCAGAGAUGAUGAGGUCAUGGACAUCCCAGAAAGGCUUCCCUUUGGUGACUGUAUCCCGUCAGGGGGAUGAAGUCACCUUAAAACAGGAGAUUUUCCAGCUCACCUCAAACGACACUAGGCAUUCCUCCAGCUUGUGGACUAUUCCGCUGACGUAUGUGAAUGACAGCUGUAGUUUGGCCCCCGAGUGCAGACAGGUGUUCAUGCUGAAGACCAAGUCAGAGACUCUGAAGGUGCCAGAAACUGUGAAGUGGUUGAAGUUGAACUACAGGAGCACAGGCUUCUACAUCGUUGACUAUGGAGACGACGGCUGGGCUGCUCUAACAGACGCUUUGUUCAACGAUUCCCAAGUUCUCUCAGCAGAGGACCGUGCCUCGCUGAUUCACAACAUCUUUGCUCUCUCCAGUCUGGGACGCGUGUCCCUCCGCCAAGUCUUCAACCUCCUGAAAUACAUGUCAAAUGAAACUGAGAUGAGUCCCGUGAGUGAAGCCCUGCUGCACCUUAACCACAUGUACCAGAUGCUGAACAAAAGAUACGAGCAAGACCUCGCCGCCCGCUUGAAGGCAUAUAUUUUGAAACACUUUGGUGCACUGAUGGAUAAGCAAACAUGGACCAAGGAGGAGAGUAUGUCCAAAAUGAACCUGCGAGCUGCUCUGUUAGAGACAGCCUGUGACCUGGGACAGGAAAAAUGCAAGCAGAAAGCAAAAGACAUUUUUAAGCAGUAUGUCGACUCGAAUGGAACCUUCCAGAUUCCGGGUGAUCUCCAGAGAGUUGUGUUCAGUGUGGCAGCCCAGUCCAGUGAAGACUGGGAAACUUUGCUCACGUUGUAUCAUUAUGCCACUUAUGACUCAGAGAAGCAAAAUAUGCUAAGGGGGUUAGCUUCCACGCAGGACACGCAGAAAAUCGUCUGGCUUCUCAAUGGAGCUUUAAACAAUGAUAUGAUCAAGGUACAGAACAUUCCCUUGGUCUUCAAAACAAUCUGCCAGAGUUUUGCCGGCAACUUGAUUACUUGGGACUUUAUUCAAGACAACUGGAACCAGCUCAUACAAACGUUCCCACUAGGUUCAUUUCCCAUUCAAUCAAUCGUUAAGUCUGUCACCUUUCAGUUGUCGACACAGUCGCAUCUUAAUCAGGUGCAGUAUUUCUUCUCCAGCCUAAGUGAGCGCGGUUCCCAGUCGCGAAGCGUGCAGGAAGCGCUGGAAAAAAUCCGACUGAACCAGCGCUGGAUGGAGAGGAGUCUUCCCGCUCUUCAAAAGAUUUAAUGCAGGCCGGGCACUCUUUCCAUUUCUGCCUUCCUUUUUUCCCCCCUGUAUGGGUUUAGCUGUCUGACUGGGAUAUACAGUAUGUUGUCAAGACAACCGCAAAGAUUGCACUUUUGUCUUUUAGCUCUGUUUAUACCAGGUUUGAGUUGAGAUGGACCGGGUAACCUCUCAUGUAUGGCUCCUGUGAGAUUUUUAGCUAGCUCAGGGCGUCUCUGAUUGUAUCUGACAGCAACAUGUCAGACAUAAACACUCCUCACACUUGAAGCUGUCAACCAAACCUCACAUCAGACAAUCAUACGAUCCACUUUGCUUUACAGACCCUUUCAAUCAACAACUGUGUGAGCUGCUCCUUAAAGAAAGUACCUGUGUGUUAACACGACAGGGUUUCUUGUCCAUAAGUCCUGGAACAGUCUUUAUGCUUCAUUAUAUAGACUUUGCUGCACAUUUAGAGAUGCGGGCAUGUAAAUUUGCAUUUGUUCCUCUUGUUAAAAUGUACAUACAGAAUACAGAACCAAUAGCAGCCUGUAAUUAUUCAUCCUGGCACAUCGAAUAUAUUAGAGAGGAUGAGGAAGUCGACCUAAAAAAGGAAAACUCCUUCCGAAUAUGUACAGUAGACGGCGCAGUGCACCACUGUGCUGGUUUAAAGCAACCAAUGUGUCUUAAAUGAAGCAAACAGCACACUGGAUACACAUUAAGUUUGCAUUUCAGUUCAGAACCCUGUUCUCUUUGAUUUCCCAGCAGUCAUCUGAUGUUCUUAUAAAAUUCUAGAUUCAUGAUGUAAAUACAGUGUGUUUGGCCCUACGACAGCACAGCAGCUGUUUUGGAUGUACCGUUUUUAUUUAUUUUGGCAUGACUUUGCUCCACUUGAUUUUUAGCUUUUUCUUGUGUACAUAGAAAUGUAUAGAGGACAUUUCUUGAUAAAGUUUGAUCAAGACUCUUGUCCAAAGACUUUUUAUUGUAUCUUUUGGUUGUAUAACACUGCCGGUGGGUCAUUUGUGGACAUGUUGUUUGUAUAAGGGCUCUCGUGUAUAGAAGAAUGUUUAUUUUGGGUAUCUGUCCACAUCAGCCUGAUACAAUGGUUUAAAGUUACUCCAUUUCCAAAAUAAAUAGCUGUCAAACUA